AUGAACUUCCUGGAAGAAAAACGGAUUCUUUUUUUGCUCGGAGUUACUCUAGCUCUGGUACUGUAUCGCAGGUGGCGCAAAACUAAAAGCAGACUUCCGCUUCCACCUGCUCCAUUUCCAUCCCACUGGGCUUUCGGCCACAAAGAGUUCUUUGGGUUGCCGCACCGGCAUGUACUAUUAGGAACCAAGUACAGAUCAAUUUGCGGUGAGGUAAUUGGCGUAUCAACUACAUUCGCGCACCAUAUCUAUCUCAACAGCCUUGAUGCCGUGACCGAGCUUCUUGAGAAACGGGCCGGAGUGACUUCAGACCGUCCACCAAAUACGAUGAUUAAAGAUCUUAUGGGAUGGAGCCAAGGUGUCGCGCUACAUGCUCACGACGAGCGGCACAAAAAAAUGCGUCGGGUGAUAGCAUCGGCGCUUCACCCAGCGGCCGCACGCUCUUAUGCUCAACAACACAUGGAUAAUACGUUAGCUUUCGUUCGAAACAUUUCUGGAAGCCCCAGGAUGUUCAAAGAGCACGCCAAGAAUGCCAUUGGAGCAUUCAUCCUAAGGAUGACAUAUGGCCAUAUCGUCACAAAGGACGACACCUUUAUUUCUUUGAUACACGAGGCAGUUCAUUACUUUGCAUUAGGGGUUGGUAAACACUAUUGGGUCAACGACAUACCGCUCCUUAAAUACGUACCAUCGUGGGUUCCCGGUGCUGGUUUCCAGAAAGUUGCAGCUCGAGGGAAAGAACUCAGGAAUCAAUAUGCAAGCGAGCCUUUUGAUAAAGUUCUCGAACAGAUACGUCACAACCAACUGUCUCGUGUAUCAUACACGUCCCGGUUACUUGAAGAGAAAGGGGGAGGAAAUGCUUCUCCUGAAGACAUUGAUCUAAUUAAAUGGACAGCAGCCGCCAUGUACCUAGCUGGUUCGACAACGACCCUGCAUAUUGUAGUAGUUCUAUUUUUUAUGAUGGCGCUGUACCCUGAAGUCGCACAACGGGCUCAGGCUGAAAUAGACACUGUGGUUGGGCGCGGACGUCUUCCUGGUUUCACCGACCGAGAGUCAAUGCCAUACAUGGAAGCACUCUUACAGGAGUUGAUGCGGGUAUCUCCUCCAACCCCACUUGGGUUCCCUCAUGCUGCCACGGAAGAUAUCGAAUUCAGGGGGUAUCGCAUUCCCAAAGGCGCGAGCAUUAACCCUAACGUAUGGGCCAUUCUUCAUGACCCGAAACAUUACCCAUCACCGCAUACAUUCACACCCGACCGCUACCUCAAAUCGGUCCCGGAUCCAGAUCCUAGGAGGUUCAACUUUGGAUUUGGUCGUCGUGUGUGUCCUGGGCUUCAUGUCGCGAACGAUACAGCGUGGGUCAUGUGCGCAGCAGUGUUGGCAUCAUUCGAUAUCCACGCCGGAAGCGAAUUGAGCAGACGUGUAAGAGAACUUGGAGGGCGUGAAAGCCCCAGGUUGUAUGAGCUUUACGAAGGAUUCGGAGGAGGGUUACCGCUGGCCUUUGAGUACAAUAUUACUAUACGUGAUAAGGCUGCUGCAGAACUUUUAGAAUCGAGUGCUUAA